AUGGCGGGUCAUCUGGUGUGCAUUGCUGUGGGUCUGACUGUGAUGAUGGUUAUAUUUGGAGCGAUUCUCUAUGUGUAUAAAAAGAAAAAGAGAAAGUCACACAGCUUCAGUGAUGGCCUGAGGUCGUUGGAAACUCAAAAUGAAGAUCAGUUGCGUCGUGUGCAUCUGGAUCUUUCUGACAGCUGGGCUUCAACCAACAUAAAGUAUUUCUGCAGAGAUCCGUGUGCACACAAGGAUGUUCUAGUAUCAUCUGAUAAGUCAACAAAAGGAAGAUUCAGUCUGAAGGAUUUUAGAAACGAGACGUUCACAGUGACCAUCACUGAUCUACAGGAGUCAGACUCUGGGAUCUACUGGUGUGGAGUGGACAGAGUUGGUACAGACACAUAUCACAAGGUCAAUCUGAAAGUUUCUAAAGACAUUACACCUACUACCACCAGAUUAGACACAACGCAACCACUUCCUACAUCAACACAACAACCAGAAUGUCUGUUUGCCACAUCAAGCAGAACGUCCAGAUCUUCAACCCUUGAACACACCACACGCUCACCCUCAGUGACAGGACUUGUAAACAUCUCGCUGUAUGCUGUUGGUGGUCUGAUCGCAGUCGUCAUACUUGUAUGUGGGCUGGUUGCUGUUUGUCAGUACAGGAAACUAGUCAAGAAAAUGGAGGGCCUUGGGUCAGUGACACCAGUCGACCAUGAAGGUAGAGCUGAAGAGGCUACUAACGUAUAUGAAAAUGAUCUUCAAGACACACCGAACAGCAAACAGAUGAAAUCUGAGCAGUUGAAGUCUAAAGUCCAAAGCAGGCCAUCACAUUCAGUCUAUGAGAAUGUAGAGCUCAAGCCGGGCCAGUUAGAUUAUUUGACGAUGGAGAUUUGUUCACAAGAGCCUCAUCCUCACCGAUCAAUACCGGAGCCUCAACUUAAAUUCAUGGAAAUAAGAGGAUUGCUGCUAAAAAUGAGGUUCUUCUGCGUGCUCUCGUUCUGGAUAUUUCUGUCAGAAAUCAAGACGUCUACUACUGAGGAGUUUUUAAUUGACGGCUAUACGGGACAAUACGUCAUCAUUUCAUGCAGUCAUGUUUUUGCCCAGAACAACAGAAAGUAUUUCUGCACAGAUCCAUGUAAAGACAGCGAUAUUCUAGUAUCAUCUGACUGGUCAUCUAAUGGGAGAUUCACAUUGAAGGAUUUUAUGACAGGAACGUUCACAGUGACCAUCACUGAACUACAGGAGUCAGACUCUGGGAUUUACUGGUGUGGAGUGGACAGAGUUGGUGUAGAUACGUUUCAUAAAGUCAACCUGAGAGUAUAUGAAGAUAAUUCUCAAACACACACAGCUUCUAUACAAGAGCUGACCACACAAACAGAUUCAGUUUCCACAUCCCCAACCAGUGAGACCAGCACUUUCACACAACUGAAAACAGGUCUUGUCAAAGCAUCAAGUUCACCUGAUGCUUUUACUGACGAAGACACAAAAGCAGUCCCUGUAUAUUCUAUCCUCUAUGCGGUCGUGGGACUGGUUGUAAUGUUGACUGUACUUGCCGUCGAACUGCUCUGUGUUUGUCGGUACAAAGAGAGACAGACAUCAGCAAGAUGCGCGUCAAGAACGUCUACACAUAUUGACAAUGAGUAUAAUAGUGACGAGAGCAACACUGUUUACGAGAACUAUCUUGAUGAGAGUGCCAACGCUACCGAACAGAAACCAAAACACGAGACUAAAGACUUUAAAAGCACAGAGGAUCCGAUCUACCAGAAUAUAUGUGUCAACACUAGCCAGGCAGAUGGCAUCUAUACUGAUCUUUGAGUCUACCGAAAUAUGUAUUGUAUUGUACAGUACAGCAGCUCACUAACUUAAAUCUCAGGUUCAACUACAUGACAGGACCCAAAACAAUGUUCUACAUUACAUGUAAACUGAAGGUUACACAACCUUGUUAAAUAUUAAAUGACCAAAUUAGUAAGGUUAUGUAAUUAUUUACUCAGUUCUGUUAAAAGAGACAAUGGAAGAUGAGCACUGCGCAUACUGUAAAUAAAUGUGCACAGUGUAUAUAUGAACAGCAUUGUUAUGAA